UUCAGGUUGUUUCACACAUCCGGCCGAUAAGUCUCUAAACAGCCGAUAAGUAUUUAACUGGGGGGCGAACCGACCGGACACCAUUCAUCCCAGCAAGACGCGACAGGCAGUUGUGUUGAGCAAGAUUUUACUGCAAUUUACUUCAACUUAAUAACAAUGGCUGCUAACGACCGUGUCGUAUUCCCCGACGAAGUAGAGGACGUGAAAGCGAAGGCGGCAGAGGUGGCUGCCAAGUCUGGUGCGGGAGACAGCAACUCCGUUGAGGAGGCUCCUCAGGAGACCACGCCCACCAUCGCCAUGAGGAACAUGAUCCAAGUUCCUGACAACUGCCCGGAGGGUUACAAGAUGGAUGCGAACGGAGUCUGCCGAGAAGUUUGGUAACUUCGUUAGGUCGCGCAAUUUCAUACA